AUGUCCACAAACCCGGUUAUUACCCUCGAGGCAAACAGCCUCUACAUCGCGACUUCCCAAAUAUUUGGCGAGCUCGGGAAAUUUCAUUGGAUUCUCUAUCUAACGGAUGCGGCUGGGGUUGCCACCGAACUCCAAUGGAUGACCCUUGAGGCAAACCAUCCCAGUGGAAAGUGGGAGGGGGUCGUCAUCGAGACCGUCAACGAGACGACGACAUAUCUGAAGAACUAUGCAGUCGUCUUCGCGUACAUGAAAGUCAAAGGUUUCACCUCUCCCGGUCUGGAGGCAUUCAAGAAGGUUGCUCUCGAAGCUUUUCCGGAGGACAAACGACUUGGUUACGCCACUCUGCAAGAAAACCGUGCGGCGGGAUUGACUUGCAGGACGUGGGUGCUUUACGUGAUUUCUCACAUUCAAGAUGCGGGAUGGCUUCAGCGAAAAGAGACGCCUCAAUGGUUCGAAGAGACGGUGAAGAGCAUCAGCGUCGGCCUUGAGCAGGAAGUCGAGCGUGGCGAGCUGAACGCGUCCCACGUCUUGGCCAUCUGAUAGACUUCAACCACGCUUGACCUCAGGUAGUUGUGUCGUUGCUUCACUAUCCCGCACUCGCGAAACGCCAUUCCAUCAGUGAUCUUUUCUGCGCCUGUCACAUGAUUCUGAACUACAAUAGAUCACUUUAUGCCACAUCCAAUCGUCGAUCAUUCAUCGCCACCUCUGCUCCUUUCAUGAAUCUGACAUCUUCUUCUCUUCUCCCGAUUUUGGAUGAUAAUGUAUUGCCGAAACGAC